AUGGAUUUCAAUUCAACCAGUCCAAGUCUUGACUCAAAUGACCCAAACUGGAAUCAGUUUUUGCAGCAGUUGCAAACAGAAAAUCAACGGCAAAAAUUCACUGAGCAGGUACAAACAUUGACAGGUCGUUGUUGGGAUGUAUGUUUCUCAGAUUAUCGAUUACCAAGUAAAUUGGAUGGGAAAACACGAAACUGCGUAAAUAACUGCGUCAAUCGCAUGAUUGAUGCUAGUAAUUUCAUGGUUGAGCACUUACAAAAAAUGAGUGCUACUCAACUCAGUUAA